AGCGAACUGCUGCGAUUUGCGCGCAGAAAAGCGACUCAUCGUUGCUGCCCCCCCGAGAUAUCGAUGGAACCAGGAGAUGAAGAGAAACCGUUCUGUGGAUAGAUUGGCUGACACACCCACAUAAUUCUCACAUACAUUUAUCACAAACUUCUCGCAAUCUUUUUCUUAUAAAAUGCCCAUUGUCGGCGGAUAUUUAAGGGCCACAGCCUACCGCCGCUCGCUACUCAAUCUGUUCUAGCAAACACGCGGAGACAGCGAUAACGAACUUCGAUUCCCAUGUUUGGCAUUUCCCCCUUGCUUGGUGGCUACAUGUGAACCGUUUGCCUCGUAUCUCCCGUGCCAUAGUCUUUUCGUGCUAGGUUUUGAUUGCAGACGCCACGUCGGAUCUUCCUGUUGCAGGCUACUCAGCGUUCGCGUCGGGCGGCGACAGAAGCCGGUGCUCCGGAAUCCCCACGCUGCUCCUUUUUAUUUUUUUGAGUUUCUGCUGUGCUUCUGAAAGCAUUCAUGGAUGUCUUCACUCUUGACCAGCUGUCGGUCCCGCAAUAAUACACGAUAAGUGCCACACAAGACCUUUGCUUGCCAGCUGUCUGCGUGUCUGUCCGUCAACACUCCGUCUUCACCGAAAUUAAGAGCUGCUUUCACAAAAACACAGCCCGCGAGAAAUAUGGCACCUCUUACCAUGCAUUUCCAAGGGCGUUUCGCCUUGCUGCGGCUGCCAAUCUCUUCAGGCAAGCCGCUCUGCAGGGAAACCCGCGUGCGACGAAGUGGAACUCGACCCGUUUCCGCCGACAACCUGUCGCAUGCGAGAUGUGUCCUGCCGAAAUGCCAUUCGUUUUGUCCGGCGGGCGGAAUGCAAGAAAGUCCCGAGGCGAGAGUCACUCUUUCUAGAGGCACCAGCCGGAAUUUCGGAACCUUUCUAACCGCUCUGGGGAACGAUGUGCACUGGAAAUCGGCGUUUCCCGGUGCUUUGCUGCGCACGCAAAUCCGAAAGCUCAGCGUGUCUCUACACCCGAGGCCAGGCAGCGCGGAGAGCAGCAGACCCAGCGCGGGUCUCCCGCCGAAGGACGUAGAUCCAGAAGAAAUCGAGAGAAUCGUUCGGGAACGAACAACUCGAGAGAGAAAAGCGAAUCGGCGCCUGGUCUUCCUCGUCCUUCUUCUCGGCACCGGAGUGUACUGCUACAGCGCUCUGCAAGACGUGAGCAGUAUGAUCUACUCCUUCUACGAGCCGGUAACAUCCGUCUUAUUUCGUUACUUCAGCAGCGGCCCACUGGACCCGGAAACGGCUCACGGGUACACCAUGGAACUUGCGAAAAGAGGCUGGCUCCCAGUCGACUACGACAGAGAAGAGAGCGCACUGAACGUGGACAUCAAUGGUUUGAAGUUCCUCAGCCCCAUCGGCCUCGCUGCGGGAUUCGACAAGCACGCUGAAGCACCGGCAGCUCUUUUGAGGAUGGGAUUUUCCUUCCUCGAAGUGGGUUCGAUCACGCCUAAGCCUCAACCUGGAAAUCCGAAACCUCGUCUGUUUCGACUUUACGAAGAUCGGUCGGUCAUCAAUCGCUUCGGAUUCAACAGCAAUGGCGCUGACUACGCUCAGACGCAGCUGGAAGCCUUCUCAGAGGCCCGACUCAGAGAUCCCUUCACAGCGCAGGGGGUGCUGGGAGUGAGUUUAGGAAAGAACAAAACGAGCGAGGAUGCGGUGGCAGACUUGCGCGAGGGCGUGAAGAAACUGGGGAGAUUUGCGGACUUUCUCGUCGUGAAUCUUUCUUCUCCCAACACACCGGGUCUGAGAAGUCUUCAAAGCGCUUCACAUUUGGCUGCGAUCAUCGAUGGGGUUCAGGAGGAACUCGACGCCCUAGACCGACAGGCUCAGGCAGCUAGCCAGAAGCAGCGAAACGAAAGGCGAAGGCAUGGAGGAAAUCCUGAAGAAACGAAAGCCUUCUACGCCAACCAAACUGGAAGGAGACCUCUUUUCUUCGUCAAAAUCGCCCCUGACCUCUCGAUGGAAGAGAAGGAAAGCAUCGCAAAGGUUGCUCUCGAGAAGAACCUCGAUGGAUUCGUCGUCUCUAACACGACUAUCCAGCGACCAGAGACCUUGAAGAGUCCUGCCAAGUCGGAGACUGGCGGUCUCAGCGGCCGGGCUCUGAAACAUUUGUCGACAGCAUGCGUUUCGGAUAUGUACAAACUGACUCAAGGGAAACUCGCUAUCAUCGCGACAGGAGGCGUUGAAAGCGGUCGUGAUGCGCUAGAUAAAAUCGAAGCAGGCGCGUCUCUCGUCGAACUCUACAGCAGCAUGGUCUACAUCGGCCCACAAGUUGCGCGCCGUGUGAAGAACGAACUCUACCACGCGCUGAAUGAGAAAGGAUACAAAGAUGUCGCCGCCGCUGUUGGACGAAAGCACAAGCAUGUUCCAGAGAAAAAGCUGCAGGCUCCGAAAUUCGACUGAGACAACAUGUCUGGGGUCGGUCGUUUCUCGAGUUCGUUCUGCUUUUUCUUCCCAGAACUGUGUCACUGCUUGAACGAUGUGACUGUGACGAUCGCCGCCGGAGCCGGCUCCCUACUGUUUUUCAUACGACGAACGGGGGCUGCUGUGGGGGUUCGCGUUUUCUCGACAUGCCCGCGUUGAACGGCGAACGGCAAAGGGAGUUUAUUUUUAAUGUGGAGUUUUUUUCUCGGCGGCUCCAACGUCACUUUCCAUGCUGGAUUCGAAGCAAGGGUGUGAACUCGACCCCGUUGCAGGUUUACGCAGAAAUUUGAGAGCAGGUGCUUGCGACGAAUAGCGUCGAACGCCAAGUGAUCUGCACAUGCAGUGAGCUACCAGACGGAGUUUGUCAUAGAUAAGUCUCUCGCGGAUGGCGGUAGGGUAGAGGCUUCGUAAAGACAUAGAUACACACGUACACGUGUGUACAGGUACAUACGUGCAUAUGUAUAGUUUUAGGUGACUGUAUGAACAUCCAUCCGGAGAUUCAAAUAUUUAUAUCCUACGGAUUCACAUGCGUUCACAAAUGGCC